AUGGAUUCAAACAACUGUUUUGGGGGAUCCCAAAGGCUCACAACCUUAGCUCGACAACUUCAACUGUACAAACCCCCUUCAACUUUCGAUGAAUCCGAUAUUGAAGAGAAAAGAAUCGAAGAAAGUGAAGGAACGGUGGUUUCUCAUGUGGGUUUUGUGGAAUUUGCAACCCUAAUUGCAAGCCAACUCGAAAUAUUCAAACCCAAGAGAGCCGCUGUUUUGAUCUGUCUCUUUGAAGGAGAUGAUGGUGAUCUUCGUGUCAUUCUCACUAAGCAAUCUUCUAGACUCUCCACUCACUCAG